AUGCUUGAGCAUGCAGCAUCCGCAAAGGGCACUCUGAUCAUCGUUAAAAAUUACACUCGGGACAAGCUGAACUUCGGGUUAGCUGCAGAACGCUUUAAAGCCUCUACUGGAAACAAUGUCAAAAUUGUUCUAGUUGCCGACGAUGUAUCAGUCGGGCGCUCCCGAGGUAUAUUGGUCGGUCGGCGCGGCUUAGCAGGUACCGUCCUCAUCCACAAGAUUGCGGGAGCAGCAACAGAACGAGGGAUAGAGCUCGAGGAAAUCGCAAGCCUCUGUAGCCUUGUCACGGAAAACAUGGGAACUAACGGUGUCUCAUUGGGACCAUGCAAUGUCCCCGGACAAAAGGCUCUGGAAAGACCCCAGCACUGGAUUGAGCUUGGAAUGGGCAUUCAUAACGAACCUGCAAUUUCGAAAUUUCCUCCAGAUACCAUGAUUGAUGUGGUCAUUGAGAAAAUGCUUCACACCAUUUUGGAUGCCGAUAACAAGGAGCACGGAUACUUUCCAAAUGACACGGGGAAGGAGGGAAACAGCGUUGUUCUGUUAAUGAAUAAUUUAGGUGGUCUGUCAGUAAUUGAGAUAGGAGCUUUGACUUCGAUGGUGACUACUCAAUUGAAGACCAGGUACAAUAUUGUGCCAUGUCGAACAUAUACUGGCGCCUUUUUGACUGCUCUGGAUGGACGUGGGUUUAGUAUCUCUUUGCUUGACAUAGAUAGAUCCGUCGAGGCUACAACAAUACUACUCGGUUUACUUGAUGAUCAAAUCACCGCAAAUGAGUGGCCGGGAUCGAUCCCGGCUAGUGACUGGAUGCUAUAUUCAGAACCGAGAUAA